GCGCGAGGGAGGAGUCGGCACGAGGACACGCAGGCCCUGCGCGCUGAGCAGGGGCGCCCGCGAAGGACGGGACAGGGGCGCCCCUCGUCCCGCUCCUGGAUGCGGAUCCCGCGGGCCCGCCUCUGCCCGGGGGACACUCACAGGCGAAGCCCCAGUCUCCCGCGCGGCCCUUCCACUUCCCGAGGCUGAGAGGGAAGCCAGAGCUAUCAUGUCAUGAGGAACUCAAGCAGCCCUGUGGAAAGGCUCAGAUGAUGAGGAACUGAGGCCUCCUGCCAACAGCCAUGUGAGUGAGCCAUAUUGGAAGUGGAUCCUGCAGCCCCAGUAAAGCCUUCAGGUGACUGUAGCUUGGGUGAUGCUGACUGAAACCUCAUGAGAGAUCCUGAGCAGAAUCACCCAGAUAAGCCACUCUCAGAUGACCCACAGAGACUAUGAGAUGAUAAAUGUUUAUUGUUUUAAUAUGUAACAGAGAGACUGGAGAUUCAGUUUAACCCCUCCUCCAAGGAAGAAGAAGAAAUACCAGAAAUAGAUUGCCUGAGGACAGGCAGUUGCCUUCUUGGACGGGGAGGAGAUAAAUGAGAAGAUCUCUGGCCCUUGAGACCAUCUACCUUGUCACCAACCUGUGAGCCAAAACCUAACACCACCACGCUUAGUCAAGUUCAUUGUUUUCAUAUCUUUGUUUUUGUCUUUGCUUAUUGCUUAAAUUAAACAUUCCUAUGGAUUUCUCUAACCAUGUCUGGCUGAAAUGAGAGGGAAUAACGAGGUCCCAGCUGGGACGGUAAUUUGAGAACUACGCACGCCAGUCUUGGAAUCUGGAGGUGGUGGCUGGGCUGAGGGAGCUUGAAGACGAUGGCUUAGUCUCUCAUUUCAAGUCUUGAGGGGCACCUCACGGUUGUUCCCUCCCAUCCCAGCCAUGUCUCCGAUGGAGCUGUCCAUUAUCCAUCACAGUUAAAGCCUAAUCAGCUCAAGACCAGCAGGAACAAGCCUGUAGUCUGACAAAAUCAGCCUCACGAUGAAUUAGCACCAGAGAGAUCAUUUUUACAGAAUGACAGCUCGCUUCAAGAGCACAGAGUGAGGGCUCCAGAGGCCUCUGGGUCUGAGCUCUCCUGUUUGACCCCUGUACCCUGGGACUGUGAUGGUCACUCAGGCAAUGACAUUGACCCAUCUGUGGCCAGGAGCUCCUGUCUCCCCUUCUGCUCUUCUGUCCCAAGGUGCAUUUGAUUUUGCAGAUGAGUCUGGAAGCAUUAGUUGCAAAGGUUUAAGUGACACUUCUCCAGAUGAAGGGUUAAUAGAGGACUUGACCAUAGAAGACAAAGCUGUGGAGCAACUGGCAGAAGGCUUGCUUUCUCACUACUUGCCAGAUCUGCAGAGAUCAAAACAAGCUCUCCAGGAACUCACACAGAACCAAGUUGUAUUAUUAGACACACUGGAACAAGAGAUUUCAAAAUUUAAAGAAUGUCAUUCUAUGUUGGAUAUUAAUGCUUUGUUCACUGAAGCUAAACACUAUCAUGCCAAGUUGGUGAAUAUAAGAAAGGAGAUGCUGAUGCUUCAUGAAAAGACAUCAAAGUUAAAAAAAAGAGCACUUAAACUGCAGCAGAAGAGGCAAAAAGAAGAGUUGGAAAGGGAGCAGCAACGGGAGAAGGAAUUUGAAAGAGAAAAGCAGUUAACUGCCAAACCAGCUAAAAGGAUGUGAGAAGUUGGAUGUUUGUGUCCUUCCUUCCCCUGUUCAUGUUCUGGAUUUAAGGUGACCCAGUGUAGACUGAAGUUAAGGUAGUGCCUUAUACCAUUGUGUUAUGUUUUGAAAUCCUUUUCCCAUGAGUGCUGUCUCUCUAUCUUCAUUUCAGCCAUUCAAGAAGCUUUUUUUCCUAAGUAGAAGACAUAAUAUCACUUGGUUUGGAUAUUUUAUAUGUAAUUUUUCAACUUUGUUUUGCUUUUUAAUAUUCAUUAUUUUGGCCUUAAGUCACUUAUAAACUGGAAAAUGGUUUAAUAGUCUAGACUAUAAGUGGUUAAAAAUUAGUAUGAAUUGUUUAGCUUCUUAAUAAGUGUGGAUUUAAAAGUUUCAGUUUCUCAUUUUAUGAAAUGAAUUGCCUUUCUGGCAAUACAGCGCUGGGUUUUGGCAGUUGCCUUUUCAUUGUUUGGUUGAGAAGAAUUGCCAGCUGUUUAAUCUCAUAUGCCACUGGAAAAGAGGUGGUAUAAGCCUUUGUGAAGAACAUGAUAGAAAAGUGUGUACACAGGAAAUAGUAGCAUCUUAGACAUAGGAUAGGUGAGCAAGAUGCCGUGUAGAUUCCACUAACCAUAUACUAUAUCUGCUUCCUAGCUUUGUUGUUGCUGUUUUUUCCUUAUGCUGCUUCUGGGUUCAAAGUAGAUUAUAUCUAUUCCUAAAGUUUGGCGGGGGUGAUGUAGCUUUCACACACUCAAAUGUGUUUAAAUGUUUAUAAUUCUUAGUAACAGUCAUCACACACUGUGAGAUACAAUUGUCAAGCUGAUAAGAUAAUGAACCCGGCUUUCCAAGUGGAAAGUCUUACUGCUAGUCCUAGCUAUCCUCUGAUUUGCUGUGUGGUCUUAACAUGUGGUUACUUUUUCUGUGCUUUUAAAAAAAAUUCUUAAGGUAGAAUGAUACAUACCAACUACCCAUUUUAUAGAUAAUGACAAGAAUGGUGGAAAAUUAGUAAAUAGCUUCUUCACAAAAGAGGCAGCAUGAUACCUUUAGUGUUUUCUAGAUCCCCCUCCCCCAAUAUUACAUGUAGAAAUUUAUUAUGUGAGGGAAAUAUUAUGAAGUUUCAUUGUUUUAAAUUGAGAGUGUAUUAUUCACUGUUUUAGUAUUACUUAAUAUCCAUGAUGUCCAAUCUCUUACAUAGAGACUGUACAGAUUAGAUUACAGAUUAUGAUUAGAAUGUGUAUCUUUUAUAAUCUACGUUACAUUUGGUAAGCUGGAAUCACUCACUACCUCUGAUCACAUAUCAGGCUAACCAACGAUGGAGAAGGCAUUAGAUUUACGUUGAGUGCUAAGAACUGGUCUGUUUAAAGGUUUAAAAAAUUUGUUUGAAAACCUUUCCCUUCUGUAGUGAGUGAAUUAUUAUCUCACAAUUCUCUUGGUUUUGACCUUAUGUUUAAGAGUAUAAAUAUAUUUUAUUUUUAAAGGCUAUGUGUUGCCCUCAAACACUGGCUAAAACUCCUAGGGCAGGAUCAUUAGCACUGGCAGGACAGUGUCACCUAAACUGCUGAAUGUACUCAUUGAUAACCUGACAAAGGCUGUGCAUUGUUUCUUAGAGUGAUUUGUGGUGGCCAACUGCAAUGAUUGUUUAAAAUGCUGGUUCCUGGACACCACUCUCAAUCUAUUGAAGCAGAUCUGUUUGUUCUUCUCUUUUUUUCCUUUUUAAAAAAUUUCCUCAAGUGAUUCUGAUGUACCUUAUAAGUUGAGAACCGCUGGUCUAGUCAGAGGUUUCCACACUGGGCUGCAUAUUAGCACCUGGAAACUUUAAAAAAAUAUACUCUUGAAGAUUUUUACUCAUUAGUUCUUAGGUAGGGCCCAUGCACAUUUUAAAGAGCCCCCCAGAUAAGUCCAAUGCAAGGAACCACUGGUCUAGACUUUCUAGUGAUUUAUAUUUAUAAGGAGUGAAAUAGUUUGAAAGCUACCCAGUAACUCUUGGGAUUAAUCUUAUUAAAUAAAUUCUUAAACUGCUGCUUUUGAUAUAAAGUCAGAUUUAAGACUGAAAUAAAUAGCAGGCCGGAAAUAGGUAUAGAAUUCUGGUUAAUUGAACUUUUGUGACCUAUAUUUAAAUAAAUCAUGUUUAUUGAAUGAAUGGCAAGGCACAUGUACUUUUAGAAAUGUAUUACUUACAUUUUGAAGAUUUUUUUAAAAUGUCAAGAAUAUAUAUUAGGAUCCACUAUUUUUAGGUCAAUUGUAAAUCAGAAGUACUGUUACUUUGGUAAUUAAAAUCUAAAACUUUAGCUGUAUCUCAGUAGCAUACAAACAUAUCUUACUGACUAAAACUGAAGAGAACCCUUAUAAUUAGUCUUGCUGUAUUUUUGCACAAAAUUAUGAAUUGGUACUUGAGUUGAAAAAAAUUGCCUGUGGUGUUUUAGUUGAAAAAAAUUGCCUUUGUUUUGAAACUAUAUCAUAUAUGUACUGAACUAAAGUGAUGGGAGUUAAUUUUGUAUUUACUUUGUAGGAGGUAUCAUGUAAAUAUGCAGACGUUGAAUGUAGUAUGGAUUGUGUCCGCAGUGAAUUUUUGGGUGGAUACAGUUUAUAAAUAUGCCAAUUAUAUACCCUCAUAUACUUGUCUGAUUUUGAGCUUGUAAAAUGAGGACUCCUUUUUACACAUUUAAUAAAGAAAAGAAAGGUC